AUGAAUGCCGCCAUUGUCGCGAAAAUAAAUUAUCCUCCGUUCGACGCCGAAGAUGUCGACACUUGGUUCAUCUGUAUGGAAGCAGCCUUCAGCGUGAACCAAAUUAAGCAGGGCAAACAUAAAUUCAACGCACUAAUCGUUGCACUUGGUUCACGUGCCAAAUUUGUGUACUCCACCAUUGCGAAAUGUAACCUGUCGCGGGAUGAGAACCGCUAUCAGACGCUGAAGGACGCCAUUGUUGCUCAUUUUCGUCCGUCGGAGAUGCAACGGUUAACGAGCUUGCCUUCUGGAAUGACGCUGGGUGACCAGAAGCCUAGUGUAUUGCUGUCCGAGAUGCGCCGGCUUGGUGGAACAGGAUGUACCGACAGUGUGCUGUCUAAUCUUUGGCUGCGCGCUCUACCCACCACCGCACGUUCCAUCAUCACAGCGAUGCCAUCUUCAUCACUCGACGAGCAAGCCAAAGUUGCUGACCAAAUCCUGGAAGCACCCAGCAACACCGUCGCCACUAUUCGUACGAACCAGGAAUCGACCAUUGCCAAGUUGGAAAGCCGUAUUGAUGCCCUAACGAGACGUCUCGAAGAUGCUUUUUCCGGUGAAUUUCGCAGAAGAGAACGUUCUCGCACCCGUUUUGGAAAUCGUUCUGCAGAACGACGUAGUUCUACUCCGAGCCAAUCAAAGGGUAUUCGUCGAUGGAUUUGCUGGUUUCAUUACCGACACGGAGCCAAAGCAACCAAGUGCGAGAAGCACAAAGGGGACAACCCAAACGUCCCGUGCAUUUUCUACGACGGCAACGUCGAAACUUACACUCGUCACGAACCAGCAAAAAUAACCAGCACCGUUUUGAACCGUACUCGCAUCUGGCGAAUCCACGUGCGCGAUCAGAACACACACCAGAAUUUUCUGAUCGACACUGGAGCCGACAUGUCGGUCAUUCCUCCCACGCCACGUGAACAACUCAACCCUGUGAAAAUGAACCAGCUUUUCGCUGCAAAUGGCAGCCCCAUCAACACGUACGGAACCAAACGCUUGAACAUCGACAUUGGACUCCGUCGGCCAUUCGUCUGGGUUUUCACCAUUGCAGAUGUGAAAUCCCCCAUCAUCGGCUCCGAUUUCCUGAGACAGCAUGACCUCCUCGUGGAUCUACGACGCAAUAAGCUCAUCGACAACCGAACCAACCUAGAAGUGAACAACAUCAACGCAGUUUCAGAGCCGAUGAUCACCACCUUUCGACGGACCAUACCGUGUUAUCCGCAGGAAGAAGAAAGUAUACAUCAUCGAUAUCAACGGUAA